AUGCAGCUCACGCAACCUGAUCACGACCACUCGUCUGAAGCUGAGGACACGGUGGUGGCCGCGGGAGAAUGGCUCGUGAGCCUGUGCGGCAGAGAUGAUAGCUUUGACACCACCCGGGCCCUGACACAACUUGAACAGGCAAAAUUCGACGAAUUCUUCACUCUGCACGGACAUUCACCCGUUUUCAAGCCUUAUCACGUUGAAGCGGUCCGAAAAUGUAUGAGAAAAAGGUGGAAGCCAGACUAUCAACUUGCGCGUUCGCUUCUGGACAAGGACGACACUGGUCUUCUCUUUGUGGAAGAAAUUGAUAUCCUACAGGUCGCCAUCCGGGUGGCUCGAAUUGAGCCUGGCUGGCUUGGCCGCUCCCCCAAAGAGUCCUGUCCUGAGCUUAUUGAAAUGGUGGAGCUGCUGAUCAGCCAUGGCGCGUCACCCAGCUGCCUGGAUAAUGAUGGGAACUCGGCUUUGUCCUAUGCCUGCGUUCUAGGGUAUCCUGAGCUGUUUCACUUCCUUAUUUCUGCUGGAGCACUGUUGUCGACUAUGCACCCAAGAAGACUCCCUGAGCAGCUAGAGAAACCAGACGAUUCACAGAACCAACAAGACAAUAAGGUUAAUCUCCUUCAGGUCACCCUUGAUGCCCUCAUCUCUCCCCAAUAUAUUGUCGACAUGACUUGGGUUGGCUAUCCGCCUGGGGUAAGCUAUGAUCGGCCGUUGUGGGAACUUGACCUUGACAGCACUUGGGGCGGGAUCAUUCUUCAUCUUUUGAAAGCCGGGCUUUCGUAUGUCAAGGACGAUCCCGGGCUCAUCAUGCUUCUACACAUUUCCUGCUAUGAGGGUGAACUAGGAUAUGUCGAGCAUCUUCUGGGCUUUGGCAUAGCUACCAACGUCGGAGGCCCCAGGAUGGUGGACGGUGGACAAGGGCAAGGCAGCUCAUUCGGGACAGCUCUACAUGCUGCGGCCGCUAAUAUCCAGCUCUCUUCCGCCAAGAUAUUGAUGGCACACGGUGAAAGUCCACGUACGCGUGCGCCGUGCAUAUCCAAGUUCGACAGGACGGCCGAAGACAUGACCCCAGCCGAGAUCGCCCUGUCGUUGUCACGAUAUGAUGACCAUGAUGAGGAGACACUUUUCACAUUCUUGGAGGGCCUCAUGCAGCAUGAGCAAGGGCUUGAUGAUUCGGAUCAUCAAAAAAUCCUCCUAUUUUGUGCCAGACGAAACCACAUCGACUUUGUGACGAGCCUCCUUCAGCGUGGGGUUCAGCCACAGAAAGUACCCGCCAAUGUGGGGAGUGCGCAAAUGGCACAGCUCCUGAUCUCUCGUGGUGCCUCUAUCGACGCUGCAGCAGUGCAGAAGAAGGCCUUGAGUAAGGGGAAGUUGUCGUUGCUGCGAUGGUGUGUUGACGAGUAUGGCCCGCAACUCGCUUCAGAUCCAGAGACCUGGGGCAACAUGGGAUAUCGCAUGCUUAAUUGUGGCCUCAUGUACUUGGAUAACAUCAAAUACAUGGCCUCAGAGUAUCCUGGCUCUCAUAUAGAUGCAGUACUUACUGCCAAUCUGUCGCUUGGAGACGAGGAUCCAAAACCGACCCCAACAAGCUGGCUACAUAUGGCCGCCCUCCAAGACAACGUUUGGGCUUUGGAGAUGCUAAUCAAAGCUGGUGCCGAUCCGACAUGCCCAGGCCUUACAGUUGACGUAUCAACAACAAUACGCCAGAGCAGGCAGUACAAGUACCGAAAUAUUCCUGACAGACUCAAGGUGAUUCAGAUGCUGGAAAGCUACAACUGCAAGGAUUGGUUAUUGCCCUCCUACACGGAACUCAAAGUCCUCCUGGCAGACACUAUCGCGAGCCAAAGGCUUGUCUGGGAAGAACGUGUGGAGGAUCUGGUCGAGUCUCAACAGGCGCUCCCUUUUGCACCGACACGGCAGGACCAAGCAUCAGUGUCAACGGCUUCUAUGGCGGCCCCGUCCUCGGAAUUUACGUAUCGUCCAUUACAGAACAAGAGUGCCAUCCGACUCUUGGAGUUGUUUCCCUCAGACAAUCGGACAGAGCCUCUGCUGGGCCGUCUGAUCGAGAGCGAUCUCACUCUCCAGCCUGAUUACGAGGCAGUGUCCUACGUCUGGGGAGACACCAGCGUCAACGAAUGCAUUAUGCUAGACGAACAACCCGUCUCUAUCACGGCCAAUCUCCAUUCAGCACUCGUACAUAUCCGUCACGCAAGCGAUGUUAGAACACUCUGGGUCGAUGCCCUUUGUAUUGAUCAGUCUACUCAUGCUGAACGCAAUCAACAAGUGACGAUCAUGGGAGACAUCUACAAAACUGCACGCCAAGUCCUGGUCUGGUUGGGUGAAGCUGCCAAUGAUUCCCAUCUGGUAUUUGAAUAUCUCCAAGACGAGACGAACAACACUUUCCCCAACUUCCGAAAACCACCAGCACGAUACCUUCAAGCGUGGAAGGCCUUGGUUAGGCGCCCUUGGUUCUUCCGCACUUGGGUCAUCCAAGAAGUGGCUCUUAGUCGCAAAGCCAUCAUCACAUGUGGAGAGAACUCGGCGCCCUGGAUGGACUUGGGAUCGGGCCAUCGUGCUGAUAUUUCUGGCGGGGCUUUGGGGCUGUCCAGCGUUUCAAGCGCCCCAGGCUUCAAGGCAGAUCAUCCCUUUGAAGGGUUUGAUGCCGAUAGCCACGUCUGGAGACUCCGGAUGCUGAAACCUGGGAGCCACCCUGCGGAAGUGAUUCAGUACAGCCGUGCAUGUCAGUCGAGCGAGGUCAGGGAUAGGGUGUACGGUCUCCUCGGCCUGUUUGAUCCUGGCUUCAUGGCUGUGGACUAUGACUUGCCAGUCGAGGACAUAUUCCGCCAGUUCACCGAAGCCGCGAUUCAACGGACGGGCGACCUUGGCAUCUUGAAGUGGUUCGGUCAUGGACCUCGCUCCAAGUCUUUACCUUCUUGGGUUCCUGACUGUACCGAUACUGUAACGGUGGGGACCCUUCCACGGCGCCACUGGUACCCUUCUUACCGUGAAGGAGGCAAAGGCGACUACGACUAUCGCACAACAGCCGGGACACGGUCCAGUGUUAGCCCGCGCGACUUGACAGACAAGGUCCUCCCGGGACUAGCCUUCCGUCCAGGUGGCGUGCUCGCUGUCCAGGGAAAGAUCAUUGACACGAUCCGCGCCAUCGGCCCUGAGCUUUCAGCCGGCACGGCGUUUGCACCUGGAACAGAGUGUUUUGCUCGCAUCAUGAAGGAAUGGGAAUCCCUAGCCGCAACUCUCACCACUGAAUGGAACCUCUCACUUGCGUCAUCUGUGUCUACAGCCUUUGCAGCCACGAUUUCAGCCACUCAACCGCCAGAGCUGCGAAGCGUGGAUGUUGGAUUCGUCCAGUGGUACCGUCACAACGGGUCAGGCGUACUCGAGGCUGCGGACCCAACCAUGUUCCUACGAGAGCACGAAUUCUAUCUCUGGUGGCUAGGUGUCGGAAAGGAGGAAGGUGAAAAGGAUUAUCACUUGGGUUAUGAGUUCAAUGAGUUUGCCGAUAAGAUGGAGCUUGCCUGUUACGGCCGACGCUUCUUUACCACUGAAAAGGGGAAUAUGGGAUUGGCUGGUCCCCGAGCCCGUGUGGGUGAUCGUAUCGUCUACCUUCCGGGAGGAGAUCAGGCCUUUGUGCUACGCCGACGGGAUGAUGGGACUGGAUGGACCAUGGCACAUGACUGUUACUUGUAUGGGUUAGAUCCUUACGCGUUGUUUGAGGACGAGGAGCAUCUUGUGGAGGAGUUUUUGAUUCACUAA